AUGGCUGGCACUGAAGAUGAAGUGUUGAGAGAAGCAUUUAUGGUUAAGAGGUCUCAAAACAAGAAAAUAUUUACUCCAGUGAACUACAAAGAACGAUGGUUUGUCCUCACUCGCCAAGUACUGAUUUACUAUGACUCAGAUGGCCCAAAACGGAAAGAACGUGGUCGCAUCUCAACAUAUAUGAUACACACAGUGGAACAGGCGCAGCUUGGAGAACUCAGCAAGCAAGUUCCGGAAGGUGAUAACGAGAAAACGCCAGGAUAUAGGUAUCCCUUUCAGGUGGGUUACACGGAGCAGAAUUCUGACUAUACACUGUACCUGGCAGCACGCGAGCAUUCUGAACGUUUGAGCUGGAUACAUGAUAUUAGAACUGUGUGUAUAUCGAACACACGGCGUGCCCGAUAUCACCCAGCUGUCUGGUCUGCUCGUCGCUGGUCGUGUUGUGACGCGGAGCGCCGGUCAGCCCCGGGCUGCGCCCUCACAGCGGUUUGGCCGCUGCCGGAGCCCGACUUGCAAUUGAUAUUGCACGAACCAAGUAGUCUUACUCCAUCGGUCACGGCGGCUGUCACGAUGCCCGGAGGAGGGAGUGGACCUCCUGGGACGCCAUCAGCUAAACCCAAAGAAAAGCGGACCAAAGUCGUCGUAGCUCUGUACCCCUUCAAGGCAAUUGAAAGUGGAGAUCUCUCUUUGGAAAAGGGUGCAGAAUAUGAAGUGAUAGACGAUUCGCAAGAGCAUUGGUGGAAAGUGAAAGAUGAAAAUGGAUCCGUUGGAUAUAUUCCAAGUAAUUAUGUUAAGGAAAAGGAAACGAUAGGAUUGCAAAAAUACGAAUGGUACGUUGGUGAAAUGUCACGACAGCGAGCUGAAUCUCUCCUCAAGCAAGAAGAUAAGGAAGGAUGUUUUGUUGUUCGCAACUCUUCUACCAAGGGAAUGUACACGCUUUCACUAUAUACCAAAGUCACUCACCCCCAAACCAAACAUUACCACAUAAAGCACAACGGACGGGGCGAAUUCUACCUCUCGGAUAAGCAUUGCUGUCCGACAAUUCCGGACCUGAUCAACUACCAUAGGCAUAAUAGUGGCGGACUCUGCUCGCGACUCAAAGCCACGCCCUGCGAUCGCCCUGCCCCGCCCACGGCUGGACUAUCGCACGAUAAGUGGGAGAUAGAUCCGUCGGAAUUAGUAUUAUUAGAAGAAUUAGGGGCGGGUCAAUUCGGCGUUGUACGUCGCGGUAAGUGGCGUGGAAGGAUUGACACUGCUGUCAAGAUGAUGAAGGAGGGGACCAUGUCUGAAGACGACUUCAUUGAUGAGGCCAAGGUUAUGACCAAACUCCAGCAUCAGAACUUAGUACAGCUAUACGGCGUGUGUUCAAAGCAUAGACCGAUAUACAUAGUAACUGAAUAUAUGCGACAUGGGUCAUUGUUCAACUACCUGCGACGUACGUCUCCAGACCAGCUCGGCCCGGCUGUCCUGCUCGAUAUGUGUAUACAGGUGUGCAAAGGUAUGUCGUACUUAGAGAGACAUAACUAUAUUCAUCGGGAUUUGGCCGCGCGGAAUUGUUUGGUUGGAGAUGAAAAUGUUGUCAAAGUAGCAGAUUUUGGCCUGGCUCGGUAUGUCCUUGACGACCAGUACACGAGUUCUGGCGGUACCAAGUUCCCAAUAAAAUGGGCGCCGCCCGAAGUCCUCAACUAUACGAGAUUCUCCUCUAAAUCCGAUGUUUGGGCGUUUGGAGUACUGAUGUGGGAAGUCUUCACGUGCGGCAAAGUGCCGUAUGGACGGAUGAAGAACUCUGAAGUGGUAGAAAUGGUUCAGAGGGGGCAAGUACUAGAAAAGCCCAAGGGAUGUUUGAAUGAGAUAUAUAAUGUAAUGCGAGCAUGUUGGCGACACGCGCCCGACGAACGGCCUUCGUUCCGCGUGCUCAAAGAAGAAUUGGCUCAAAUCGCUCACACCGUACUCGCUGAUUGA